UCCAAAAGUGUUCACUGGUAAACCAGCAGUCAUGAAGGAGGCAUCAAAGCUUGGUUACUUUUUGGCAGCAACAAUCUUCCUCAAUAGCAUCCAACCUGUGCUCCAUGGGGUGGCAGUGGGUGCCGGGUGGCAGUUGUUAGUUGCCUUCAUCAAUACUGGAUGUUACUACAUCAUAGGACUUCCUAUUGGCGCUGUUCUUGGCUACAAAAUAAAUCUAGGUGUUAAGGGCAUAUGGUCAGGAAUGUUGGCUGGUUGUGUUCUUCAAAUAAUCAUUCUGACUUUCGUCUUUCUGCGUACUAACUGGAACAAAGAAGUAAGUCUACAAUUCUUUCUUGAAUAAUAGAUAUCAGAGAAAUUAACCAAUGUAGAAAUCGUGUUCUAUAGCUAGUACUUGGUGACAGGCAAUGACUAAAUUUCAAGGUCUCCUAAGUGUUUUAAGAAUUGAAUGGCACCAACAAGAACCUAAAUUCUUGUUAGUAUUUUCAAUCAUUUGUUGCAGAAUUAACAGAGU